UAUAACGGCUGCUGUCAUCUCAUAUUUUCUCAUUAAAGAAGUUUGCCGUAUUAUAAAUUCGUAAUAAAGGUUCCUUGCGGCUCCCGAAAGAUCCGCUAGUGUACAAGUUUAUAACUAUCACAUUAUAAUUUGUUAUCGCUGUCCUCACUCUGUAGAAGCAUUUAAUAACGUUUCAAAGGAAUAAAAAAUGCAUUGUACAUUAAUUCAAUACGUUGUGUUCAUUCUGGCAGUGGCGGUAACCGGACUGCAAAGCGGGGUAGACACUACGGACAACGCCGACACGCCUGCUUUCAACGGGGAUGGAAAUUAUACUACCAAUGUGUCGUAACUUUCUUCCUUAUAACUGGACGAAACUCCCAAACCAGUUCGGACAUGCCACACAAGUUGAAGUGUACAGGAAUAUAGAGCAUCAAUGGGCGUAUAUGGAUUACGGUUGCUCUAACAAUUUCCGACAGUUUGUGUGUUCGCUGUACUUACCAAAGUAUGAUCCAGUCACGCAGAUUGUAGCCGGGCCUUGUAAAGAAAUGUGUAGCAAAGCCAGGAAUAGGUGUAAUAAAAUAAAGUGGGAAACUAGAUGUAACGAGCUACCGAGUAAAAGAAAUGACGAUGUUUGCCUACGACCAGUUCAAGAAUCGCGCGUUGAGCCACAGCACGUUAACUGCGUAGACAACGUCAUUCCUAUGUGCAAAAGCCUUAACAGUCUUGGCUCGCUGCCCAAUUUUUUUCUACAACGCAGUCUCGAAGAAAUCACGACGGAAAUGAGAUUCUACGAGGAUCUGGUAUCGACCAAUUGCAACGCUAACCUUCGGUUCUUUCUGUGUGGCACGUACAUGCCCAUCUGUGUGCCGAACAUUUCACCAUUUACGAUACCGUGUAGAGAAGUUUGUGACGAGAUCCAACGAGACUGUUCCACACAUUUUGAGUCCAUCUACCAGGGUUUGCCCUGGCCAAAUAAGCUGCAGUGUAAUCGAUACACGCCUUCCACUGAUACAUCACGACAUUGUGCUAUGCCGGACAAAUUAUAAUAAUGAAUCCAAAGUAAACCACGGAAAUAUGUUACGUAAUUCUGUAAAUAUAAAUCUCUGAUUAUAGAAGAACCUCUUUCUACCACCACAACGUUAGCAUGGUCAAUUGCCAAGGUCAAUGAUUUCGUAAGACAAAGUAAAAAAGUACAAUCUAUUACAAAUAUAUGCAUGUAUGUAUACACUUGGUGAAUUAAUCUGAAUUCAUCCCUUACCAAAAUGAACUCCACAAUGAUUUGCAUAUAAUAAAAAUCAGAUGCUAUGCUUAGGAAGCGAACUUUUUAAGUUUUCAAGGCGAUAGUUUAAAGUUCUUUUUUGAAGCUGAUUUUGAUUUAACCCUUGAAUAAUUUGUAAAAAGAUUAAAAGAUGUAUACAUUAAGUAUACAAAAACUUGAUAUCCCACCAUAAAUAUAAAACAUAUUGUAUUUUGUUUUACUACACCUCUGAACAUAAUACGGAGUAACAAUAGCCAGAAUAAAAGGGGGAAAAGCACAUUUUUUCUGCUUUUUUUUUACAAAUUAAUAAUAUCAGUUGUACAAAAAAUCACGAAAUGGAGUCUAUUUUGCGAAAUGAGAUUUAGAUGUUUUGUGCCAUAAAGAUAUAUUUUCCAAUUUUAUUUUUUUUUUUGGACGGAUUUUUUAUCGUAUUUUAUUCCUCAUGUAUCACAAUAAAGUAUCUAUAGAUGUAUAA